AUGUUAUCAAAAAACAUCAAUAACCUCAUCAAAAAUAUACCUAGAUUUUACUUUUCAUAAGGUUUUAGAUUAGAAUACGACUCAUUUGGUGAAAUGAAAGUCCCAAACGAUCGUUUGUGGGGGGCCUAAACCUAACGUUCUGUUUAAAACUUCGAAAUCUGCUAAGACGUAGACAAAAUGCCCAAAUCAAUAAUAAAAGCUUUCGGUAUUUUAAAAAAAUGUGCUGCUAAAGUAAAUAAAGAAUACGCAUUAGAUUCUGAAAAAUCAAAAUACAUCUAAAUGGCUGCUGAUGAAGUAAUUUAAGGGAAACUAAAUGACCAUUUUCCACUUGUAAUCUGGUAAACUGGUUCUGGUACAUAAAGUAAUAUGAAUGCAAAUGAAGUAAUUGCUAAUCGUGCUAUACAGCUUAUGGGUGGCGAAUAAGGGUCCAAAGCAAUACAUCCAAAUGAUCAUGUAAAUAUGUCUUAAUCUUCAAAUGACACAUUCCCUUCCGUAAUGCAUAUUGCUACAGUUUUGGAAACCUAAUAGACUUUAUUACCUGCUUUAGAAGAAUUGCUUCAUGCUUUAGAGGCUAAAGAAAAGGAGUUUUAAAAAAUAAUUAAAAUCGGUAGAACACAUACUUAAGAUGCCACCCCUUUGACCUUAGGUUAAGAAUUCUCAGGUUAUGUGACCUAAAUAAGGAACGGAAUAUAAAGAAUUAAAGAUAAUCUACCUUAGGUUUGCUAAUUAGCCCAAGGAGGAACUGCUGUUGGUACUGGUUUAAAUACUUACAUUGGCUUUGGGGAAAAAAUAGCCAAUGCAGUCUCUUAAGAAACGGGUUAUAAAUUCGAAACCGCCCCAAACAAAUUCGAAGCCCUCCAAUGCAACGAUUCUCUCGUUGAAUUUUCUGGAUCUUUAAAUACUUUAGCCUGUUCUUUAUUUAAAAUUGCUAAUGACAUCAGAUUUUUAGGAAGUGGCCCCAGAAGUGGUCUCGGGGAACUCAUAUUACCUGAAAACGAACCUGGUUCUUCCAUUAUGCCUGGUAAAGUUAAUCCUACCCAAUGUGAAUCACUUACAAUGUGCUGUGCUUAAGUUAUGGGAAAUCACGUAGCUGUAACAGUCGGAGGAUUAAAUGGACAUUUCGAAUUAAACGUUUUCAGACCAAUGAUUGCUAGAAAUGUUUUACAUUCAAUUAGGCUUUUAGGAGAAGGUAGUAGGUCUUUUACUAAAAAUUGCGUACUAGGUAUUAAGGCAGAUACUAAAAGAAUUGAGCAUUUAAUGUAAUAAUCACUUAUGCUUGUUACAGCUCUUAAUCCUUAUAUCGGAUAUGAUAAAGCUUCAAAAAUUGCAAAAAAUGCUCAUCAUAAAAAUUUGACUUUAUUAUAGUCAGGAUUGGAGUUAGGAUACUUUACUGAAGAAUAGUUUAAAUAAUGGGUUAAACCUGAAGAUAUGCUUGGACCUAAGAAAUAUGUUAAGAAAUGAGAUUAUUUUUAUAAUAGGAAUAUUUUUUUAUAUGUAAGUAUUUUAUUUUUUAUUUAUUUAGGCUUUUUUUUAUU